AUGGGUAUGGGAAAGGGAACUGGGUAUUACCGCUUUGGCGGGACGGGCAGAGGGAGGGUUUACGGGAAGGAUUUUCUGGGGUUCGGGAACUUUACAUACAUAUACAUGCUCGUUCCUGGAUAUGAGGUGGGGAGGUCCUGGGAGGUCCUGGGAGGUCCGGGGAGGGAUCGUCUGGGUCGGUCUAGUGAUGCCAUGCGAUGCUUUUCAUGCAAUGCAUGCAUGGAUGCAUGGAUGGAUGGUGGACUUGGAUGGUUCUCAUUCGCUGUUUAUGCGGUUUUUGGUUAG